CAGCAACCUGACUCCAACUGCCCAACCUUGCACUAAAACGGAAAGUGAAAAGAAGAUGAAAAAAAAUUAGCGUCUAUUCAUAAAAGAACGACCUCGUUGAACGACACGACAGAAUUUGAGAAAAGGAGAUACAUAUUCGAGACUUUGCAGAAAAUAUAAGUUUUCAGGUUUUAUUCACUUGAGCAGAAACAGAAGAUUCUUUCAAAAUAAUGACGACGAUAAUGAAUGUUUUAAAACUGGAAGAGGAAAUUUUUCCUAAUUCUUUACGAAUUUUUGAUCAAAAUGUUAAAAAACAUAUGUUAUUUUUAAUAACAAUUCCUAGUCAAAAUUUGACUUCUUCCAAGUUUUUUACAUUUACUGCCACUGCAAUAUUGCAGGAAAAUCCGAAGAUAACCUGUGAUAUCAAAUUUAAUAAAAUUGAUUCAUAUAGUGUGUUUGGAGAAUUAUGUUUUUCAGGGCAACCAUCGAAACAACAAUAUACAGUAACGAUUUACUAUAUGAAUUCUCAGUAUAAAGUUGAUUUGUCCGAAACAAUUGAAAUACCACCCACUUCUCAUAAAUGUCAGCACUUUCUUCAAAAAAAAAACAUCAAGUUCUUAAUACCUCGUCAUCACAGUAUAAUGGAAAUGGAUAUUCUGUUCUUCCAAACAAAUUAAUUAAUAAUAAUUUACACAUUUACUGCAAAAUAGAAAUUAAAAAUGCUUCAUCUGUUACACUUGAUGUUACAAAAUCAGAACCGCCAACAAAAAUCGUUUCCAUUUACAAAGAGAAAUUAUUCACGGAUUUCAAAAUUAUUUGUCAAGAUAAAGAGUAUUUGGUCCACAGAGCAGUUCUUGCACAUUCGUCACCUGUUUUUCAAAAAAUGUUCGAAACUCCAAUGAAGGAAUCACAAACAAAUCAAAUCGAGAUUAACAAUUUUCAAGCAGAUGUCGUCGAUCUAAUGAUAAACUACAUGUACUCCGAUAAUGAAAUCCAGGAAGAUGAAUUAUCUCAAGAAACUUUAAAAGAACUUUUUAAAGCAGCACACAUGUAUCAAUUAGAAGCUUAUGACGCAACGGACGGACAAUUCAACCUUGAGUCUGGAGCAUCCCAGGUGGGCAACAAUAUCGACAACAAUUCUACCAAACUUGGACAAAAUUCCGCAGAUUCUCCAGUCUACAAUGAAGGCAGUUCUGGAAAUUCAUCAGGAAUUAGUAAACUAAACGAAAAAGGAGAAGUAACUGCAACAGAAGAAAUGGGUCAAUAUCGACAAUCCAGGGGUAAUAUCGUAGCUGGUGGUGGAUAUUCAUCAGAUAUGCAACAGAUAGUAGCUCAAUUGUGCUACAACGCAACCAUAUCAUCUACGACUGAUCAACAAACAUACAUUCAAUUGAAUACAGCAUUAACAUAUUCAGAAUUAGAAAGCAAACUCGGAAUAUCUAUAAGUGCGAGUGGAAAAUACGCAAUGUUCUCAGCAGAAGCAAAAGCAAAUUACAUGAGAUCCAUUCAAGACAAAGAUUACUCAACAUCGCUCAACUAUUUCGAGUACAGUACGAAUAAUGUCGCAGUCCAACUCGCUGGUUACGGUACCAAUGCACUGACCGAAUCCGGUAAAGAUAUUUACAAAGACGGUAAAAAUAAAUUCUUUGGAUUAGUGUGCGGCGAUCAUUACAUCACUUCCUAUCAACAGGGUGCACUUCUAACAAUGGGACUAAACAUCAGAUUCACCAGUUCCAAUGCAAAGCAGAAAUUUGAAGCGAGAAUUAGUGCUAAAUUUGGAAACAUUGCAAGCGCGGCGGGAAGUAUAGAAGCCAUUGCCAGCAAGCAUAAAAUUACCGGUUCGGUUAUAAUCCAAGCAUUUCAAAUGGGCGGCGAACCUAGUCAACUUUCAAAGAUAUUAAACAAAGACAAUGAGGGUCAGUACUAUGCGUUAACAUGCAGUCUCUUGACAAUGACUAAUUGCAUAAGUGCAGCAAGCGGUUUGUUAGAUUACGCACGAGAUGAAUUCACGAAACAAUUUUCAUUUCAAACCAAUACUGGUUUGACACCUUUGGGCAUUGCUUUCACUCAGUACAAUCCAAUCGAGUACAUAGGUUUGUCUUCUGAUUCUCUAGUCACUCAAGAAGUGAUAAACAUUCGCAAUGAACUCUCUAGUAAAGUCAAGGAGAAUGAGUACUAUCAGGAAAAACUCCAUCCUUUCUUUAAUAAUGGUUAUUUUCAUAAUGAUGUUUUAGAAAAUGAUUUUCUCACUGCAGCUAAUUUAAUGUUAUCCAAAACUAAAAAUAAUCUUGCUGUUCUAAUGGAUCCACAUGGAGGUGCUGUUGAUUGUUUCAACUAUCCCAAUAAGUGUAGAAUCACAAAAAGUGACAUUGAUUCAAGACUAGAAACCAUAGAAUCUGGUGAUUUUAAAUUUUUAGAUAGGGUUAAAUAUAAAAUUACCAUUUUUGGUGGUGCGUUGUAUUUAAAAGGGGCUAUUAGUUCAAAUUUGUGGAUUAUUGUACCGAAUGAUAAGCUAGGAAAGAAUAGCGUUAUUGUAGUUAAGAGUUGCUUUAUUUCGGAUCAUUCCUUCGACUAUAAUACACUAAAUCCUAUACCAGCUGCUUCACUUUUCUAUGAGGUUAAAUAUUCUGGUAAUUUAACUUCAAAUGGUAGAGAAUUUAAAGGUAGUUGGUGCUAUCGAUGUCAUGGCUGUCAUACUUGGGCUACUUGCAUUGAUGAUUAUAUUGAAAGUAUACUAUUGUCCGAAUUUUUUUUCGAAUCUUACACUUCUGACAAAAAGACCGAAAUAGAAUAAAAGAAUUAAAAUUUUCCAUAUUUCCACUUUGAAAUUCUUUGGAAUUUUUCUAUUCUGUUUAAUCUCGAAAAUUUCUUCUUAUUUUCUAUACCCUCAAAAUUGGACUGCGCUCCAGCGCAUUAUCAAGGGAUUUUAAAUAUUUUCUUGUGUCCCUUGUGUUAUGUCAUCGUAACCAAUAAUAAUAUGUAGAAUAAUAAUAAUAUUAAUAAAUUUAGUAAUAAUUAUUAUUUUCACAUUAUUAACAAAUAAUAGAUUUGUAAUAACAAGUUAAUAAUAAAUUGUAACAACUAUAAAUAAUUAACAAAUAACAUAACAAAUUAUAGCAGGAACUGUCCCAUUGUAAGCACCAAUAAUAUCUAAGGAGAUAUUUACACAGAAGUAAUAAUUUUACACAAUUUUGACUAAACAUUGCAAGUAUCAAGUAAAUCUUUAAUAAAUUUUUAUGAAAAUUUCGAUGCUGUAAAGAAAGAGAGAAAGAAAUAAAUACGCAGUACGAAUGAUUGCGUGUAUCUCAUUUGCCACUAAUAAAAAAAGUAAAACAAAAAAUAAUAACUUUGAAAGCUAAUAAUUUGUUUUUAAGAUUAAAUUUGUGAUUAGCUUAUUAAACCCACCGGAAUUGAUGUUAAUGUUUAACGUGUACUGAGAGAGAACUGUUACAUUUGUACACGUGCAACAAAAGUGAAUAAAGUUCUAUAAAAUA